AUGGACCCGUCCUACAACAAAUUAAGGACAGUGGAAUUGCAAAAAAGAAAAGUUACUCAGUCAAAAAACCCAUCAAAUAUAUCUGAAAGGAAGCUAACAAAUGUUUUUGCGCCGAAGGACUUUGAUGAAGACUCGACAAUAGUUGUUUGUAAUUUUCCUCAAAAAACGACAAUAAAUGACUGCAGAAAUUUUAUGCAAUGGUUGGGCCCAGUCAUAAAAGUAGAGAAAAUACCAUCGUUUCUCCAGGAGAGCAAUUACCUUGUCGUUUUUUGCAGUCCUUACUUUGCAAAGAUAGCACUGGAAACCCCGUUAUUGUAUGAAAAUAAAACAAAACUAUUUACGAGAGUAGUGGAAAAGCGUGAAACUCUUUGGAAAAGUAUUAACGACAUAAUUUCAACCAACAUUAAUUUUUUUUCAUAA